UGGUUAAAAUAUUACAUCUGUGACUUAACAUAUACUAUCUUCAAUUUGACCCAUUUGACGAGAAGAACCAUAUGAGUCUCACGGCUAUGGGCAAGAACCAAAUGCUGUCAAUGGCUCAAAUUGGCUCAUUUUUUUUAUCUCAAAUCAGUCCAUUUGUGUUAAAAUUGGUCGCCACUCACUCAUAUUUUUUUUUCACAAAUCAAAGUUAUAAAAAUAUGGAAUUGUGCGAGCGAUAAAAAUGGUAGUAUUGUAGAUGUGGAGCGAUAAAAAUAGGAGUAUUGCAGAUAUGGAGGAAAAAAAAUGGCGUUUUGAGUACACAACAAAGGCAACACUAUUGGAAGAACAUUGACUUGCAGGUGUGACUGCACCUUUAGUUCUCCAAUCCAUAGUUGUUGGAACUGCAGUAACAUUUUCGUAUUUGAAUGAGGAAAAGAGCAAGAGAAACAAAGAAAGUCGAAAAAAGUUGACUAUGCCACACACAUCAGGAAGAAAAAGUCAUGCUCAAAUUAUAGAUGAGAUGACAAAGAAGAAUAGUGGUGUAAAGCCAACCCGUAUUGAGAAACAAAUGGAUGAUAUCGCUGAGGUGUAUCCCGAGUUAAAUAUCCCUGGAAGUGCUCCCAACGAUGUGUACUCAAAAGUAAUGGGACCAGACACUCAUGGGAUUGUCCGAACUUUAGGAAAGGGAGCAGCUCCAAGUUUAGUUUAUGGUCCAGUAUAUAAACGAGCUCAAGCUGAAAAAAGAGAUUUUGAUGCACGGGUUGAGUUGGAAGUUCAAAAAGCUACUUCAGCUAUGAAAAUUGAGAUGGCGGAAAAGUUGGCUGAAGCACAAAAAGAAAUGAAAGCUAUGGAUAAAAAGUUGUCUGAAGCAAAAGAGGAAGCAAAAAAGGAUAAGGAAGCAGUGGAGAGAAAAUUAUCGGAAGCAAAAAUAGACAUGGAAGUAAUUAUAACAGAUAAAGUAAAGGCAGGUGUACAAGCAUAUCUAGAGUCUUUGUGUAUUACUAUUGAUGUAAAUACAAAAUCAGGACAGAUUUCUGAUAACUCAAUCGAAGAUCGUCAACAACCGUUAUCACCCAUUUCAUUUGUUCACACAAAAAAGCUUAAUUUUUCUUCUCAGGCUAAGAUGAUCAAGAAGACUGAAACUAGUGUAGUUGACACAAAUAAACGAAAAUGGAGCUUUUUCCGGAAUUGAGGUCAAUUACUAGCUGCUACGAAAUGCGCUCAACUAGUGGAUUGGCGAUUUCAUAAAGUUUUAUUGCAGAUUUUAUCUGAGAAUUUAAUGAAGUUGAUUUGAAUUAGGCGUUAAAGUUGGUUGCAUGCUGAAACUAUUAUAUUUAUAUUUCAUUUUUACUUAGAUCAUUUGAUUUGAUACCA